AUGGCCACCACCCCGACCGGCACCGCCCAGGCCACCUGGGCAGUCAACAGCCGCUCCCACAGCCGCCGCACCGACACGGGCGACGCACCAGCUCCACCCGCCGCUCCGGUCUUCCUCGAGCAGCCCCUCUUCCUCAACGCCCUCGCCGGCCCCUCGAACCCGCACCACAAGCCCGCCCUCGCGCCAGCUCCAGCACCCGUCUCGGUCCCGAUGCAGGCGACGCGCGUCCAGGGCCACACGGGCGUCCGCGCCGCACUCGCCCUCCUCCAGGACCGCGACCGCAACGUCGUCGCCAAGCGCACCGCCGCCGACCUCGCGCAGGACGACAGCUCGCCCGUCAUCAUCGAGGACCGCCCGACAAAGAAGCGCGCGACGGCAACAGCUCCCGAGCUCGCGGCGGCGGCGGCGGCGUUGACGGCGCAGGACGCACGCCGCAAAUCGCGCAAGGCGACGGCGCAGGACAAGGAGAAGGCGGCGACCGAGAACCAGCAGUGGCGCAACAAGUUCCGCAAGGCGUUCCCGUCCUUCACGUUCUACUUUGACGCCAUCGACGAGGCGACAAAGGCGUCGCUCGGCGCCCAGGUCAAGCGCUUGGGCUCGUCGGUCGAUCAGUUCUUCUCCAAGAAGGUGACGCACGUCGUCACGUCGCGCCCGGUCCCCUCGGCGGCGGGCAAGGAGAACGUGUCGGACUCGCCCGCGGCGUCCAAGGUCGGCGGCGGCAUGCUUGAGUCGGCAGCGGGCAAGGUCAAGAAGGCGACGGCGAGGAGCCCCAAGAUGUACGAGCUCCCGAACGGGCAGAAGCUGCGACCACUCGUCGGCGACUUUGACAAGAACCCGUUCAUCGACUCGCAAGAUAUCCUGUCCAAGGCGCUCGACUUUGGCCUCAAGAUCUGGCCCGCCGAGAAGCUGCAGCUCAUGCUCACGCGCAUCAACCACCACUCGCCGAGCAAGGAGAACGGCCUGCAGCGCGACCCGUCCCUCCCGAGCCUCCUCCGCGACGAGCAGCUGUACGGCACGCGCGAGCGCGACCCGUUCGUCCCUCGCACCGACACGCACUACUUCCCGUCGAACAAGUACUUCCUCCUCGUCGAGGACUCGACCGGCGAGCACCGCCCGAUCGUCGCCAAGGAGUACGACAAGCCGCGCAAGCACGAGGAGCCCUCGUGGCCCAUCCUGUACGGCGGCAUCGAGGGCCGCACGGGCUUCUACCGCUACGACGGCGAGAUCACGUACGAGCGGCGGGUCCCGCCUCCUGCGCCGCUCGUCGCGCCUCAGCAGCAGCAGCAGCAGCAGCAGGUCGCCAACGGCGGCAAGGGCGGGUUCGGCUCGGUCGCGGCGCGUGCUCUCGCGCCCAACCUGCGCCGCGCCGUCUCGCUGCAGAACGUCGCACGCGAGCAGGCGGGCAGGGCCGACGGCAUCGGCGCCGGCGUCGGCGCGGCGGGCGCGCACCACCCUCGACGCGACUCGUUCAUGGCGGCCUCGGGCAACAGCCAGACGAUCACGUCCAACAUCGCGUCGGCGACGUCGACGGCGGCGCGCUCGGGUGCGGCCCAGGCGAGCAGGUUCGGCGCCAACGGCGGCCUCGUCGACAAGCGGCUCGCCGUCCUGUCGAACCGCACCGUGUCGGUCGCCGGCAGCGGCCUCGCCGGCGGCGUCGCACGCGUCAAGCGCAUGGGCAUCCAGCGCAGCGUGUCGGUCGACGGCGGGCUCAACGGCCUGCGCGUCCCGGCGGCCGCCGCCGCCGCCGUGCGCGACGAGCCCAAGAAGCCCGGCUACUGCGAGAACUGCCGCGUCAAGUACGACGACUUCAAGGACCACGUCGUGUCGUCCAAGCACCGCCGGUUCGCGCUCAACCCCAAGCACUGGGUCGAGCUCGACCGCCUCCUCGAGAAGAUCGAGCGCCCGCUCGCGGCCGACCCGGUCGGCGACCAGUACGACGACUCGGGCUUCUACGACGCCGUGUGCCGCAGCGACGGCGGCAGCAUCGCCGACGAGGACGAGGACGAUGAGCCGCAGGAGGAGGACGAGUACAAGCUGCCCGUCGCGCUCUCGUCGGAGCACCUCGGCGACCCGGCGUUCGACGCCUGGAUCAAGCAGGUGGCUGAGCGAAACUUUGAGGAGGACACUCGCCUGGCGGCACGAGCUGCGGCGAGUGCGGGCGGCCUCUGAACAACGUUCUCGUCGUCCCACCCCUUCUUCUCUCCCUCUUUCUCCUUCUCGCACUUCUCCCACUCGCAACUUUCUAGGCCUUCUCGCUCAGUC